AUGGCCGGGCCCCGGCGCAUCCCGCGCCCGCUGCUUCUGGCGCUGCUGCCGCCCCUGGCGUGGCUGGUGCCGGCAGGCCUAUCGCAAGCGGCGGGUUCGGUGCGCCUGGCCGGCGGCCUCACACUGGGCGGCCUGUUCCCGGUGCACGCGCGCGGCUCGGCUGGCCAGGCGUGCGGACAGCUCAAGAAGGAGCAGGGCGUGCACCGGCUCGAGGCCAUGCUGUACGCGCUGGACCGCGUCAAUGCCGACCCGGAGCUGCUGCCUGGCGUGCGGCUGGGCGCGCGGCUGCUCGACACCUGCUCGCGGGACACGUACGCGCUGGAGCAGGCGCUCAGCUUCGUGCAGGCGCUGAUCAGCGGCCGCGGCGACGGCGACGAGGCGAGCGUGCGGUGCCCCGGGGGCGCCCCUCCGCUCCGCGCGGCGCCCCCGGAGCGCGUCGUGGCGGUCGUGGGCGCUUCAGCCAGCUCAGUCUCCAUCAUGGUCGCCAACGUGCUGCGCCUCUUUGCGAUACCACAGAUCAGCUAUGCCUCCACAGCCCCAGAGCUCAGCGAUUCUACACGCUACGACUUCUUCUCCCGUGUGGUGCCACCUGACUCCUACCAGGCCCAGGCCAUGGUGGACAUCGUGCGAGCACUAGGAUGGAACUAUGUGUCCACGCUGGCCUCCGAGGGCAACUAUGGCGAGAGUGGGGUUGAGGCCUUUGUGCAGAUCUCCCGUGAGGCUGGGGGGGUCUGUAUUGCACAGUCCAUCAAGAUUCCCAGGGAACCAAAGCCAGGAGAAUUCAACAAGUUAAUCAGGAGACUCAUGGAGACACCCAACGCCCGGGGCAUCAUCAUCUUUGCCAAUGAGGACGACAUCAGGAGGGUCCUGGAGGCCACACGCCAGGCCAACCUAACGGGCCACUUCCUGUGGGUUGGCUCAGACAGCUGGGGAGCCAAGACUGCACCCAUCCUGAACCUAGAGGAUGUGGCCAUGGGCGCCAUCACCAUCCUGCCCAAAAGGGCUUCCAUUGAUGGGUUUGACCAGUACUUCAUGACCCGCUCUCUGGAGAACAACCGCCGGAACAUCUGGUUUGCUGAGUUCUGGGAAGAGAAUUUUAACUGCAAACUGACCAGCUCGCAUACCCAGUCAGAUGAUUCCACUCGCAAAUGUACAGGCGAGGAACGCAUUGGCCGGGAUUCCACCUACGAGCAGGAGGGGAAGGUGCAGUUUGUGAUCGAUGCUGUGUACGCCAUUGCCCACGCCCUCCACAGCAUGCACCAGGCGCUCUGUCCCGGGCACAGAGGUCUGUGCCCAGCCAUGGAGCCCACUGAUGGGCGGACACUGCUGCAGUAUAUUCGAGCAGUCCGCUUCAAUGGCAGUGCGGGCACCCCUGUAAUGUUCAAUGAGAAUGGAGACGCACCCGGGCGCUACGACAUCUUCCAGUACCAGGUGGCCAAUGGCAGUGUGGGCAGCGGCGGGUACCAGGCUGUGGGCCAGUGGGCAGAGAUCCUCAGGCUGGACGUGGAAGCACUUCAAUGGUCAGGCGACCUCCAAGAUGUGCCCUCAUCUCAGUGCAGCCUCCCCUGUGGGCCAGGUGAGCGGAAAAAGAUGGUGAAGGGUGUCCCCUGCUGCUGGCACUGUGAGGCCUGUGACGGGUACCGCUUCCAGGUGGACGAGUUCACGUGCGAGGCCUGUCCUGGGGACAUGCGGCCCACUCCCAAUCACACAGGCUGCCGCCCCACGCCCGUGGUGCGCCUUACCUGGUCCUCCCCCUGGGCAGCCCCUCCACUCCUCCUGGCCAUGCUGGGCAUCAUGGCGACCACCACAGUGGUGGCCACCUUUGUGCUGCACAACAAUACACCCAUCGUCCGGGCCUCUGGCCGAGAGCUCAGCUAUGUCCUGCUCACGGGUAUCUUCCUCAUCUAUACCAUCACCUUCCUCAUGGUGGCUGAGCCUGGGGUCGCAGUCUGUGCUGCCCGGAGACUCUUCCUUGGCCUCGGCACCACGCUCAGCUACUCUGCCUUGCUCACCAAGACCAACCGCAUCUACCGGAUCUUUGAGCAGGGGAAGCGCUCAGUCACACCCCCACCCUUCAUCAGCCCCACUUCGCAACUCGUCAUCACCUUCAGCCUCACAUCUGUGCAGGUGGUGGGAGUGGUGGCAUGGCUGGGGGCCCAGCCUCCACAUAGUGUGAUCGACUUUGAAGAGCAGCGGACAGUGGACCCAGAGCAGGCCAGAGGGGUGCUCAAGUGCGACAUGUCAGAUCUAUCCCUCAUUGGCUGCCUGGGCUACAGCCUCCUGCUCAUGGUCACAUGCACUGUGUACGCCAUCAAGGCCCGUGGCGUGCCGGAGACCUUCAAUGAAGCCAAGCCCAUUGGCUUCACCAUGUACACCACCUGCAUCAUCUGGCUGGCUUUUGUGCCUAUAUUCUUUGGCACUGCCCAGUCAGCUGAAAAGAUCUACAUCCAGACAACCACCCUGACAGUGUCCUUGAGCCUCAGCGCAUCAGUGUCCCUUGGCAUGCUCUACGUCCCCAAAACCUAUGUCAUCCUCUUCCACCCAGAGCAGAACGUGCAGAAGCGGAAGCGAAGCCUCAAAGCGACCUCCACAAUGGCAGCCCCACCCAAAGGUGAGGGCACAGAGGACCCCAAGUAGCAGGGUUGGGGAUGAAUGGGACUUGCUGCUUCCUCUUGUCUUCUGUUUUCUUUCUCCUGCUUCAUGUGGAAGUUGUAAAAAGCCCAAGUGUGCAGUGAACCAUUAAAGACAGGGAGCAAACCUUAGUUCAGGAAGGUCACACCCACCAUGGAGGGGACUGCCCCUCAGAAAGAACUGGACCCAUGCUUCACAU